ACCUCCUAUAUUUUGUUUUGUUUCCCCAUCUUUAUCGCUGUUUUUCCACGGAACGAAAAAAAAGAUUCACAGUCUAUUAAAAAGGAAAAAAGUUUCUACUUCAAAAACUCCUACAACUCGUCAAAUGCUAUCGAAAGGAUAGAUUUCUAAUUGCCGUAAUUAUCGUACCUACAAUCACAAAAAUCUUUAAGAUAAAUUGGACAAGGUCAUUUGAUAAAGACGGAAAAAUGGAUACUUCAUCUCAAGGGCAAAAACAGACAUUGGAAUCUUUGAGCAAAGAGGAAAUUAUAAACAAGUACAAGGGCUUGUUGGGUAUUGCAAAGAAAGCGAAACAGGCCAAAGAUGAAAUGCUUGAAGAAAAUCGCAAAUUAAAAGAGCAGCUGCAGCAGUGCGAAACCCAAAAGGAAGCUGAUAAAAAUGCCUUAUUGACAAUGAAGGAAAUGUUAGAAGCCUAUACAGAAUAUAAAUUGCAAUUAACAACGCAGCUAAGCGAAUUGGAAAAGCGAAGAAAACAUGAUACAGAACAACUUGAAAAGCUGUCGAUAGAAAAUGAAAGUUUAAAAAGACAAUUAGAUCGUCUGAACGAAGACAACGAUUCGUUACUCAGAGAUAUUGAAAAUAUGGAAUGUCAAUUGCAACAGGUCAGCGGGCUGGGAAAGGAACAAAAACAACAUCUGGUCUUGUUGGAGCAGGAAAUUAAUCAGUUGCGUGAAGCGGAAGCAAAAAAUAAAGAAUUAAUUGUAAAAAAUAAUGAACUAAACAAAUCUCUGAAUGAACUCAAGGAAAAGUACAGCUUUGUUAAGGAAAUCAACACAGAGCAGAGACAUAAAUUUAAUGCUCUAAAAGAUAGAUUUAUAGAAGUGCAUAAAAAGGUGAAAAAACUCAAGGAAUGCAAACGGAUUUUGUUAGAAACUCAGCACGAAUAUGCGGACUCAGUGUCGCAGUGGCAAAUCGAGAUAAUUAAGGCGUCUAAAUUAUUGUGCCAGGAAUUGGAUAGUUUGAAAUUGGAAAAUACCAAACUUUUAGAAAAAUUAAAGGAUCAGAAGCCGAUGGAUGGUAUAAUUGCCAAGGUUGGAAUGUUGAUGGAGUUGUCGGAAAGGGUUAAACAUGAAUAUAAUAACGUUACAACGGAGAACACAGAACUUAAGGCCAAAUUGUCUAAGGCGAAUAUGGUGCUGCCGUUCAGGGCUUCCAACAUCUGUGAAGAGAAAAUAAACAAACUUUUAAAACUGAGUAAAUUAGCCAUGGUCGAAUAUCAGAAUUUGAAAGAUGCCCAUGAAAAUAUUGCCCCAGAAAAUAAUGCCAGCGAUAGCCUUAGUCAAUACAUUGUUCCUAAAUUGGAGAUAUUAAACAAUUUGGCAGACAGAGCCAAAAACGAAUAUCUCCAAAAGUCUCAAGAGUUGUCACAGUUAAGAGAAGAAAAAGAAACUCUCAAGAAUGUCAGGGUAAAUAAAGAAGAUACCGAAUCUAUGGGAAUUUGUAAGGAUUGUGAAGAAAAUAUUUUAAUUAUUGAGAAACUCAAAGAGGAUAUCGAAACUACCCAUGGCUCCCAUCAGAAAGCAAUGGAAAAUAUAUUGGAAUUAAAAGUGGAACUAGAGAAGAAUAAAAAAUCUGCUAAUGACUAUCAACAAAUGUACCAUCAAAAGGAAAGAGAACACUAUGAAUUGCUUGACGAGAUGAGAGAACUAAAUGAAGCACUUAAGGCCAGAGGUGAUUUAAUAUCACGACAACAGGAAGAACAACAGCUAUUGAAGGCGGAACUUAAAGCAACCAGUGAUAAAUUGGAGACUAUACAGAGAGAUCUUAAUGCCAAGGAAGAACAACUAAAGCAGCACCAUGAAAAGCUAGAAAAUCUAACAAAGACCAAUGAGGAAUCUGGCCAAAAAUUGGAAAAACUUGAAACAACAAAUGGUCUGAAUGAGGAAAAGUUGCGCAUCCUCAACACAGAGUUAGAAAUGUUAAGAAGUUCUCAGAACAAUGCCGAUGUGCUGGAUAAUCAAAGUGAAGUUUUAUCCACUUCCACCAUAUCUCGGGCCGAUGAAUUGCAGCGGCUUAAAGAUGUCGAAGACUCCUUUGAGGAGAAAUACAACAAACUAAGAGCUAUAGCAGCAAAAUUAAAGAAAAAAUUGCAAGACGAAGUUAGUGUAAAGCAGGACUUGGAACGGGAAAUCGACCAAAUGAAAUCGAACGAAAACGAAGCAAGCACACAAAUUAAGGAUUUACAAAAGCGUAUCGAUGAUUUGGACAUGCAGCUAUUAGAAAAGCAAAAACUCAACGACACGCUUAAGAGCGAAAAUCAAAAACUUAAAUCAUCACGGAAACAAGCAAAUGUCUUAAAUUUGGAAAUCGAAGCUGCCGAAAAAUCCCUCACCGAAGUCAAUAACAAACUUGCCAAACGUACCACAGAGCUGGACAAUGCCCAGGAGCAAAUUAAAACUAAAGAUCUUACAAUCAAUCAAUUGCGCAAAGAAAUAGAAUUGCUGGAAUCUUCCAAAGCCGCUGAGACCAAACAUUCACAGGAGUUAAAGGAUCAAAUUGAUCAUUUACAAAAAACCCUGAAAGACAGUCUUCACAGUAAACAGCAAGCUCUGGAGAAGUGUAAAAUACUUGAACAAGAUGUGGAAAAUCUAAAAAUAGAAUUGGAGACGGUUAAGGUAGAACUGUCAAAGGCCACCGGUAGUUUGGAGCAAUCCCUCAGCACGCUGAAGACCGAAAAAGAACUUUUAACGGAACAACUAUCUGCCAAACAAACACAACUUUCAGAAUUUGAACAGAAACUAAAACAUGCCGAAAGAGCUAACGAAGACUUGCGCGUUGAAUAUUUGGAUUACAAGGUUAAGGCACAAGCAGUUCUGCGAAAAAAUCAGAAUCGUGAUUCCACCAAAGAACAUGAACUGGAAGAAGAAAUUGUCACACUUAGGGCAACGGAAACAAAUCUGAGGACCACCGUUGAAACGCUUACUACCAAAGUACAAACUUUGGAAAAGGAAAAAGAACAUUUGGGUGAAGAGCAGCAACAAUUUAAACAACGUUGCAACGAAUUAAUGCAAUUGGUUGAUGAGGUGCGCAAACAAAAUGAUUCUCUUAAUCGGGAAUUGCAACAACACAUAAAGCAACAAAAUGACAUUCUCAAACAACAUCGCCAACAAAUCGAAACCAUGGAUGAAUGUCAUAAAGAUCAAGUGAAGGCUCUCAAUGCAAAUCAUCAAAGGCAAUUGGAGCAAUUGCGUAGGGAUUUGGCAGAGAGAAAUUUGCAUUUGCCCACCGCCACAAUGGGUAGCACAAACGCAACAACAACAACAAAUUAUUCGCUAAUGGAACGUGAAGAUGCCGAAGGCUCUGAAGAAGCGGCCGAAACGUUGGCUUCAUUGGCAGCCUCGAGAAAAAUUUCAAAUGCCUCUUCAAAACGUUCACAUGAUUUUAUGCCAUUGGAUGAACUUCUAAAUACACCCAUCAAUGCCAUUAACAGUGAAACCCUAAUUAACACCGCCCUUAACAUUCCCGAUAAUUUAAACAACAACAGCGACUUGCUGCAGUUGGAAUUGAACUCGACCAAAGAGCGUUUGCAAAAGCAAGAAAGUCGUGUCCGCCAUUUGACAGCUUUAUUGGCAGAAAAUGAACAAGAUUUGGCCAAAUUAACACAAAUGAAUGAUAUGCUUAAGGAGGAACUGCGAAGGCAGGAACGAUCAGCCGAAAGGGAACAGCAUUUGCAUAAUUCGGAAUAUGUUAAAAAUGUUAUCUUGAAGUUUUUAACUCUUAACAAUGCAGAUGAGAAGACACGUUUGGUACCUGUAUUGAAUACAUUGUUAAAAUUAAGUCGAACGGAAACAGAAAUGCUGAAUUGUGUUGCGAAAGGUCAAAAAGUUGCAGAUACCAGCCAACAGCGCAGCGGUGGUUGGGGUAACUUCUUGCCGUGGGGCAGUGGCAAUGGUAGCAAUAGCAGUAAUAAUUAAAAUGUCAUGUUUUAUUGUAUUUGUUAUAUCAAGUAUUUUGUAUAGUAUUGUGUUUGGGGGUCGCAGUAUGUAUAUUCCAUUCAUAUUUUUUAUGCGAUAAAAACGUUAAAUGUUCUUGUAUCAAUAUCAGUGUAAUUUAUUGUGUUGUUGUAUAUAUAUUUUAUAUAUAUGUAAUUUCUAUUUACGUAAUAUAUAUUUUCUUUGAAUUUGUAAAGAUAUAAUCCUAUGGGAAAUUUUAAAUAAAAAAUAGUAGUAAAAUAUAAAUAAUAAUUUAUACAAGUAUAUAGGAAUAAUAAUUCGUUAAUCUAAGAUAUACAUUGCGGUGUAUGUUUUUAAUGAGUAUAAGCCAUGUUUGUUAUUCAUACACUUAUAUUUAUAUUUC